UCUCACGGUCCAAAAAGUUCAGCCAUUAGACUCAGUAUUUACAGUUUUAAGAUACUGAAAGCAUCAGAAGAUUUUUUUUUUUGUACAUUAAUGACACUUUCUGUUGUGGCUUUUCAGAUCGGUGUUUUUAUCUCCUACUGUGGAAAAAUGUUUCACACAUUCAUAUUCUUCUGUUUGUGGCAUCUUGUUGAUGGACUGAAGAUCGUGACAGUGACAGAGGGAGAUUCUGUCACUCUACACACUGAUAUCAGGAUAUCAUAUUAUCCUUAUAAGACUUUUAUAGACAGGAGGUUUGGACCUAAACUUAAUCGGAUAGCUUCAGUCAUUCAGUAUGAUGAGGAGACAUCUUAUAUUAGAUAUUAUCAUGACGAGAUAUUCAGAGACAGACUACAGAUGGACAAUCAAACUGGAUCUCUGACCAUCAGGAACAUCAGAACAACAGACUCUGGACUUUAUCAAGUGACGAGUCGAUUUAAAAGAGAAUCAUUCAAUGUUACAGUCUACGCUCGUCUUCCCAUCCCUGUCAUCAGCAGAUACUCUACAUGUUCUUCAUCAUCAGGAUCAUCAUCAGUGUCUAAUUGUUCACUGCUGUGUUCAGUGUUGAAUGUGAGCGCUGUGACUCUCUCCUGGUACAAAGGAAACAGUUUAUUGUCCAGCAUCAGUGUGUCUGAUCUCAACAACAGUAUAUCUCUACCUCUGGAGGUAGAAUAUCAGGAGAACAACACCUACAGCUGUGUGAUCAACAAUCAUAUCAGAAACCAGACCACACAUCUGGACAUCAGUGAACUCUGUAACACAUGUGCAGGUACAUCAUUGGGGAUAUUAAUAUAACCACAAGCAUACAACAAAUGUUUUUUUUUUCUUUCAGUUGAAAUGUAUGUUUGUAUGUUUAUCAUACUUUUGGUGCUGGUUCUAUUUUUUGUCCCCUGACUACGUUCA